GUUUUUAUAAAGUACCAUCUCUAAUCAAACAGGUUGUAAACAAAAACUGAAAACUGGAAAAAAGAGUAGUAAUUAGGUGAAAAAAAAACAUCCUGCAUGUCCGAGAUACAAUGCGUUUCCACAUGAAGAGCGGCAGCGAGGACAACGACAUUGUGGCCACAGCCACGGCCGAGCACAUCCGCAAGUUUGUCUUCAGCAGCGGGUCUUCUGGCGAACGCCUAGAAAUCAAAAUACCCGAGCUGCUUCAGGGAGCUUACUCCUUUUACACGUGGCCCUGUGCCCCGGUACUGGCCCACUUUCUGUGGGAGCGACGCCAGACUCUGGCUGGUAAGCGUAUCCUUGAGCUGGGUAGCGGUACCGCUCUGCCCGGCAUCCUUGCCGCUAAGUGCCAAGCGCAGGUGGUGCUUACUGAUAACUGCAUCCUCCCUAAGUCGCUGGCUCACAUCCGGAAGUCGUGCUUGGUCAACCAACUGCAGCCGGGCGUGGACAUCGAUGUGGUAGGCUUGAGCUGGGGCCUCUUGCUAAACAGCGUGUUCCGGCUGCCUCAUCUGGACCUAAUCAUUGCUGCCGACUGUUUUUACGAUCCGAGUGUUUUCGAGGACAUUGUGGUCACAGUGGCCUUCCUGCUGGAGCGGAAUGCCGGUGCCAAGUUUAUAUUCACCUAUCAGGAGCGGAGCGCGGACUGGUCAAUUGAGGCACUGCUCAAAAAGUGGAAGCUGCAGGCGCUGCCCAUCAGCAUGGACGACAUUGGAAAAGAUUCGGGCGUGGAUCUGCUGGAGUUUAUGGGCGGGCACACCAUUCACAUGGUAGAGAUAACUCGCAUUGAGAACGGCGGCACAAUAAAUUCUAUAUAAAAUUAUAUAGAUGUUGUGUUUAAGUCCGUUCAAGGAUUAUUUCUUUAUCAAACUAUUUUCGAUGAAGUUUCAUGUAUCAAAAAGGAAAUU